AUGGUUUUGAGGUACUCAAUGAACUCGUCGAUUCUUGAAACAGCUCGAAUCAAGGACUUAUCUAACCCACAAUGGAAUUCCACACAAUUUAUAAAGCUCAGGACUCCUCCGUCAAACGUGACUGAAAAGGAUCUGGAAAAAUUACCAGCAACGUCAUUCCUGAUCCUAGCUUUCGAGAUAGUGGACCGAAAGGGGUCUAAGAGAAGCUAUUUUGGAGAGCUUCGACUAUCUGUUAUUGACUUACUGGAACAAUUGAGAAACAAAUCGGAGAUUGGACCCAAAUGGUAUAAGCUCUAUUCUUCUGAACGAGAGCAGACUUUUGUUACGGGAUCUGUGAGAUGCAAGUUCACCUUGUCCAGUCAGCGCAAAAGAUUUAGGAGAAGAACACAGGCUUGCCCAAAAGUGGUGAUCGAAUCGGAGAGUAACUCGAACGAAGUUGAUUCCGAAGAAGAGUACGAUGAGUCUGAUGAGGAGCUUGUACCGACCACUCCCCCUUCACAACCUUCAGUGUCGCAGACCAAUGAAGCACUCCUUGCAUAUAUUAGAGAACUACAGGAUUUUUACAACAGCCUUAAGAGCUUCGGAAAGGAUCCUCUUAAACUGGUGAAGAUAAGUGAGCAAAAUUUCUAUACCGACUAUUCCUCAGAUCUGAUUCUUCCUUCACUCGACGGGUUUGCUAGUAUAAAUGUAGAGGACGAAUCUAGUGAUGAAGAACAGCAGGAAUUGAAGUUUUUUACACAAGAUCAACGUGCCUCGGAAUUAACUGGCUCGAUUUGCUCCUCAACAGAAGAUUUGAGCAAUUGCACAUCUCCUGCUUCAUUUUCUGAUUUGCCAUUAACCCCACCCACAUCAUCCUCCUUGGUCUCGGAACGGAGACGUAGGUUUGGGAAGCUACGAGGAGAACGACUCAAGCCGAACUAUGAGUUUACUACCGGCAAGAAUUUCGUUGGGAUGCUUUUUGUUGAAAUUAUCUCUGCAUCAGGAUUACCACCGUUGAAUAACUCAACUAGGACCGGCUAUGACAUGGACCCAUUUGUUGUUAUUUCUUUCGGUACCAAGGUUUAUCGGACUUCUUGGAGAAAGCAUACGCUGAGUCCCAUUUUUAACGAAAGAUUGGCAUUUGACAUAUUAGAGCAUGAAAAGACCUUCAAUAUAAAUUUUAACAUUUUGGAUAAAGACUAUUGGACUCUCAAUGAUCCAGUAUGCGAAAGAUCUAUCCCUGUGAAACUUCUUAUGACCGAACCAGUGUCCACUUCUGACAUAAGAUUAAUAAAAAAGGAGGAGGAGGAAGACCUAAAGUACAAGAAAAGGCUAUUUGGUCGAAACCCAAAAAGAAACUUGAGUAAUAUUUACGAUGAGAGCUUGAAAACUUUGGAAGAAAAAUACGGUAAAAUCCAAAAUGUUGACCCAAAGUUGAAAAUAAGAGUAAAGUUUGAAUCUUAUGCCAACUUGAGACAACAUUUGUUCAGACUUCUUCUCAAAGAGUAUCAAACUGACGGUUCUGCAGAGAUGGACAUAAUUGAGCUUGGAUCCUUUCUUGAAUCCAUAGGAUCCAACAUCGAGGAAGAGGACGUGAUAGAGUUUUUUGAAAGACACGGGAAAAAAGCCUGGCAUGGUGACAAGCUCAGUUUUGACGAAAUAAUUGAGGACUUUGAAGCAAUUUUUGAGAGAAUGGAACCCCAUGGAUCCAACUCAAGCAAACACAUUAUCCAAAUUGCGAGAUGCCCGUCUUGCCUGAAUAAAGCAAGAGUUCAUGAUGAUUCUGAUAUCAUCAAGCAUCUGGCUAUCUGCUGUUCGAAAGAUUGGUCUUCAGUUACGCGAAUAUUGAAACCUUCUUUCACCACGCCUUCGUCGGCAACCAGAAGAUGGUAUACUAAAGCCCUGAUCAAAAUUGCAUAUGGGAAGAUAGAACUAGGAAAGAAUAACGCCAACAUUUUGGUGCAAGAUAGAAAUACCGGUUUGAUAAUAGAGGAGAAAAUGAACGUGUAUGUGCGGUUGGGAAUACGACUUCUAUACAGGUCCUUCAAAGGCAAAAAAAAUAGUGAUAGAAUCAAGAGAAUUCUCAGGAAUUUAAGCAUUAAGCAAGGAGCCAAAUUUGACAGUCCCUCCUCAAGAAGCAAAAUUGAAUCAUUCAUUAAGUUUCACAGUAUAGAUAUGUCUGAAUAUCUGAUUGAAGAUUAUACGAAGUAUCAGACAUUUAAUGAGUUUUUUUAUCGAAAACUCAAACCAAAUUUGAGGCCUCUGCAAGGAGAGGACUCUCGGUAUGCCGUCAGCGGCGCAGAUUGUCGAUGCUGUGUUUUUCCAACCGUUGAGAAAUCAAAGGAAAUCUGGAUUAAAGGAAGAGAUUUCACGUUGCAGAAGUUACUUGGUCCAAAAUUUGAUCACAAUCUAUAUGAAGAUGGGUCAAUUGUCAUAUUUAGAUUAGCUCCCCAAGACUAUCAUCGUUUUCAUAGCUCUGUCGAUGGGACUGUUACAAAAAUUGAAAAAGUGGAAGGCGAAUAUUACACUGUGAAUCCGAUGGCGAUUCGAUCAAAAUUGGACGUUUACGGAGAAAAUUCAAGAGUCAACAUCGAAAUAGACUCUCCUGAAUUUGGGAAGGUUAUAAUGAGCUGCGUAGGAGCCAUGAUGGUUGGAUCCAUCGUAUUGACACGAAAAAUAGGAGACAUAUUGAGGAGGGGAGAAGAAGUCGGAUAUUUCAAAUUCGGAGGAUCUACCGUAUUAUUAUUGUUUCAGAGGGGCAGAAUUGUUUUUGACUCUGAUUUGGUGUCUAACUCUGAAAAGUCUACAGAAACCCUAAUCAGGGUUGGUAUGUCGAUAGGACACACACCUGAAGUUAAAGAGUUUCCUCGUGAACAUACAGAUUUGGACAAAGAGCCAGAGGAAACAAGAUUGCGCAUUAUCAGAACACUCACUGGAAAACCGGUUGGAGAUUCUUCUGAUUGUCUUGGCAAUUGGGAAGUUCAAAAUCUUGAUCUUGACGACGCCGUUAGUAUUGAUUUGGAAGAUGAAGUAUCGGAUGUCAGCUCAUAA